AUGCAGCCGCAGGCCCGGUCCCACGCAUCGACCUCCGGCUCGGGCACCUCACCGGCCCAGGCAAGGGAAGCUGGGCGAAACGGCGCCCCGGCUGUGCGUGCUCGCUCUGUAGCGAAUGUGGGUGGGGGGUCGGCGGCGGGCGCGGCAUCGGCAUCGGCAUUGACAUCGUCCGUGAACGAGGGCGGUCGAGUCGUGCAACGCAAGUCGCUGAAUGCAAUUCUGGUCAAUACGUGCCAGGUCAGUCUCGUGUACGGCUUCUCAUCUGCGCGCCGUUAGGCUGAUCGCUCUCUCGUGGAACGACGUCAUCGCUGACCCACGUCUUUGAUAUUCGAACCCCCGUCCAUCCCCCCACAGAAAGGCAACCCGGUCGUCACCAAUAUCCGCAACACCCCGUGGGAGUAUGGAGAUAUCAAGGCCGACUACCAGGUCGGCGCAACAACGGGAGUGCUGUAUCUCUCGUACGUCUGUCACCUCAUCGGCGGCGUCUCGUGCCGUCGUCGAUCGUGGCCUACAUCACAUGGCUUCUUACUAGAGGAUCUCCCCGAGUUUCAGUGCGAUCCAUCACAGAGCUGAGAGCUGUGAGCUGAUUGGGGGUAUUUGCUUUGUUGACAGACUUCGAUAUCAUCUUCUGCACCCCGAAUACAUACACCAACGGAUAAAGGGUCUCGCUCAAAGCUACUCGCUCCGUCUCGUACUCAUGCUCUGCGACGUCGACAAUCACCAAGCCGCCACCAAGGAGCUCACCAAAAUAUGCAUCGUCAAUAACCUGACUGUGAUCGUGGCAUGGUCGUGAGCCUCUCUGCCCUCUGAUUGCCUCGCGACGUGCUCCGGCCCGCGCCCGGUCGUUCGCGCAAGUCCCGAGUCUAGGUGGAGCCAAGCUGACGCCCCCAAUGUGCGAUGAUCUGCCCAUCCCAUGUCGGCAGCACCCAAGAAUGUUCACGCUACCUAGAGCUAUACAAGCAGUUUGAGCGCAAGGCACCCGAUCUGAUCAAGGAGCGGGUCGAUGACAGCUACAUGUCUCAUCUGACCUCGGCACUGACUUCGGUCAAAGGCGUGAACAAGACCGAUGUGACGACGCUCGCGUCGAAUUGUUUGGUAAGCUCCUAGCCGAAGAGUUCCCACACGCCUAUCCUGCUAUUUUUGAUGCUGAUGCGCGGCUUGAUGGUCGUGGGCAGACUUUUCGCAACAUCGUCACGGCCUCGCCCGACGCGCUCGGGGCUCUACCCGGUCUCGGCGACAAGAAGGUUCGGCGACUGCGAGACGCGUUCGAGGGAUCUUUUGUCGUCACCAAGAAGAAGAGGGUAGACCUGAUGGAGAAGAAGAGCAUCGCCGAUCGCAUGGCCGAGAAGGGGCACGCUUUGAACUGA